CACGUGAUCAAAAUAGUACCUAAUUGGGUCAAACAUUUCAGGAUGGACUGUUUCAGGGACAAUGAUAAAUAUUUCGUUUGAAUUUUAGUAUUUGAAAAUGUCUGUCCAAAGUGUUUAUAAGAUUGAUUGGGUGGCUUCAUUCCUUCAUAAGUUUCCACACAUAAAUUUUAAAUUUGAACACGUCAAUUCAACGUUUAACACAGAAAAUAGUUAUUACAAAGAGUCAAUAAUAUUCCUGGCUGCCCUGCCAAUAGUAUGGUGCGUGGUCGUGUUUCUGUGUCUGUUUGGGUGCCUUUGUCUAUACUGCUGCUGUAGGGAACGUCCAACUAGGAAACACAAAACAACGUGCUCCAGAUGUUUUGUAGGGCUCUUCAUCAUCUUAGCAAUUGGAAGUGUGGCAGUGGGAUUCUUUGGCAAUGAAGAGGGCAACAAGGGGAUGCAGUCCACCAUGGAUGCCCUGCAGGGGACCAAUGACACUCUUGCUGGAUCUCUUGACACGCUAUCUGUACUGGACGAAGUGUCAGGGAACAUCACAUCACUAUGGGUGGAAGCCUUGAAGGAAGUGUUCAAAAAAAGAUUGACCAAUGCCACUCUUGAGAAGGAAGUCUCCAGAAUGGCGGACGAAAUUAAGAACCAGUCAUCCAUAGUACGAGGAGAUUUACAGGGCAUUCGUGACAAAGUUGAUAAAAUAAAUCUAGAUGUAAUACUCAACACUACCAAACAUGCAGAGUUUUACAGAUGGGUGGGCACGAUCACCCUUCUCUGCUGGCAGCUCCUGGUCCUGCUUGUCUACAUACUCGCCAACUUGAAGAAGUCCAGAUACUGGCUCAUAUGGGGGAUCGUUCUAGGCCUGGUCUCUCUGUUGCUGGCCUGGACAGGGACCGGUGCAUACCUAGGGGGGACUGUGGCCCUAAGUGACUUCUGUGUGGAUCCAGACAGUUUUGUUAUUGGCCAGCUGGAGAAGAAGUUGUCUCCAGUUGUUAUAAGAAGUUACGUGAGAUGUGAAAACAAGACUGAUCCUCAGAAAUUUGCUACGGCGAUAGAUGAUGCCCUGACAUACAUAGACAAGGCAAACAAAACCUUAGAUGAGGCCCUCCUCAAAACCAAGAAAUACAACAUCUCCCAGUUUCUUGCGGGUCCGGUGAAGGAGUUGCGGGGUGGGCUAACAUCGGCGAAGGUGAAUGUGGUCAGCCUCAGCGACACUGUCUACUGCGGGCAGAUACACACCCACUAUGUCACUGCACUACGGGGCAUGUGCAACAGGGCUCUGGUGGGUAUGUCCCUGAUACUUCUCAUGUUGCCUGCACUGGGCCUGUGUCUGAUUCUCCUGCAGUGCUGUGCCCCACGCAUCUGGUUCCUGCUUGCCGUCAGGAAGGAAUAUAAGAUAGUAGAUAUCAAGGACCCGUUCCUGCCCCGCCCCCCUCCGUACCACACGUAUGGCACCAUCGGUGGUGAGAGAACCCCUCUCCAGGAACAACCCGUCAUGGAAGACCGUGAUGUGCUGAGCCGCCCACACCGAGUGGAUUCUGAUGACUCUCCGCCGCCUGCUGUAAGUACCUCUACUCUGGAACUGUCUGACCACACCCAUGGUGAUUGCAUGAAAUACCGAGUGAGCAGCUAUUCCGAGCAGGUCAGUGACCUCGGAACAUUUCCAACGAGAAACUCCGGAAUUAACCACUAUGCCGCCAGCGACAUUUAGGGUAUUAUCCGGGGAGCUUUGUGGAGCAGUACAAUAACCUGGGCACAUUCCCCCGCCCUGGCCAUCGCCAAAACCACUAACCUGUGAAGCCUCUCAGCGGAAACCAAGCUGGAAACCAGUAAGAUCUGUAACCGCAUCCUAUGUCAUACUAUGUCAACCAUCACUCGAGGCAAUGGCGAUUUACAUACUGUUGUACACAAAACUAUAAUGACAUAUUUUAGCAGUGUGAAAACGUUAAAUGACCUUAUUAUGAUAUUUGUGUGCCUAAGGACAGUGCUUUUCUUCGAAAAAGCUUGUGAAAGGGUGCAUUUAGGGAAUGGUAGUGUUGACUUGUUGUUUCAUCCCACGUGCAGUAACUGUACAGGUUUAAUUAUUUGUAUGUAUUCUUGUGGCACUUAAUGUUUUUAAAUUUACCUAAAAAAAAUAGUUAUGUCCUGAAGGAGACAUAUAAUGAUUUAUGUUCAUUUAAUAUACUGACAGCCAUUCUUGGCUCUGAUUUUGUGUUGUAACAAGUGAUUUGGUAUCAGAAUGCUGCUGUGAACAAAACAAAUCCAGCUCUAUAGUGACUACAAGAGUUAGUCAUUCAAGGAACCUUUUCUGUGAUUGUGCCUUACUUUUUAUAUUUGUAUUCUGUGUAGUGUUUUUUUCCAUUUAUAUAUUUUUGUACGAUGUUAGUACAUGUAGAUGUAUGAUUACCAGAUAAUACUCAUUUAAGUUUCAUUGAAAUAUUCGUUAAAAAAGAAGUAAAUGUAAAUAUUGUUGUUAGAAAGUAUAUCUAUGUUAGCAGUUUUUUAUAUUAUAUGAUAUUUUUCUAGAUUACUUUAUCUACUCGAGCACUUUCAGGGAAUAUAUGACUGUGUUAAAUGUGUUGUACAAAUCGUUCUUUAUGUGCUCGAGAAAAAAACAAACAAAAAAAAACAAUGAUUUGGAACAAUUGACAUGAAGCCUUAACAUCCCAAACUAUCCUGAUGCUAAAGCAUCCUAGAGCCAAACAAUCCUGAUAUAGAUAUCUAAUUUUUAAACCAGACUUUAACCAGCAGAUUUACCAGACACAUGAUGACCUUGGACAAGCACAUGCAUGUGAACUAAUGAUUCAAUGUAUUCAGUUGUUAAACAAAGUAAGUAAUAAUCGAAAGUGUCCGUAUCACAUUUUAGCAUCAUGUCAUUUCUUCCUGCACCGCAGAAUUUUGUGAACCUUCAGGUAGACAGGUUUAUUAUUAUGACUUACAUUGCAGUAGUAAAGCCUUCUCAAGUGUAAGAAUAGGUCACUCAUCUUGGCAAUGAGCUUAGCUGCUUUUUGGACACAAAUAAUUAUGAAUAACGUGUAAACCAUAUUGUCAUCUUAGUGCAAUAACCCAAUAACUGCAUAUAGAAAUAGAAGCAGAUAUUCAGUUCUUGCACUAAGGUGACGGUCAACUUAUUUAUUAUUAUUAUUGCAUAAGGGCACAAGAAGUAAAUUCCUACUGUAUGUAUUUUGAUAUUUUAACAUUUUACUUGUACAUUUUUUCUCUCCUGUAUUUGCCUUUAUGUUAGUAUUGUUUGUACAUGUACUUGUCAGGAAUAUUUGCAUUGCACAAACUCUUUACUGCUGGCUUUAUAUUUGUAUUUAGAAAUUUGAAUUUAUUGAAUUUUAUUAUCCCCCGCCUAUGAAAUAGGGAGGGGGAUAUUGAAAUGGCGUUGUCCGUCCGUCUUUCCUUCCGUCCGUCCGUCCGUCCGUCCGUCACCUGCGUUUUUUCAGUAACUAGCCGGUAUAAUUUCAUGAAACUUAAAAUAAAUAUGAAACACUAUACUGGAAUGAUGCCCGUCCCAAAAAGAAUUUGAUUGGUCAAUUGUCCUUGGAGUUAUUGCCCUUGAUUUUUUGAAAAUGCACAUUCACAGCCAUUUCUCAGUCACUAGCUGGCAGAAUUUCAUGAAACUUAAAAUAAAUAUGAAUUACUAUUCUGGGAUGAUGCCUGUUCAUUUUUUUUUUGGAUUGGUCAAUUGUACUUGGAGUUAUUGCCCUUGAUUUUUUGAAAAACUCAUUUACAGCCAUUUCUCAGUAACUAGUUGGUAGAAAUUCUUGAAACUUGAAAUAAAUAUGAACCAACAUACUGCGAUGAUUCCUGUUUAUUUAUAUUUUGGAUUGUGUAAUUUCUAUAUGAGUUAUUUGCCCUUGAUUUAUUAAAAGAUCCAUGUUUGCAGCUUUUCUAUGCAACUAGCUGGUAGAAUUUCAUGACACUUGGAAUAAAUAAGAACCAACAUACUGUGAUGAUGCCUGUCUAUUUUUCUUUUGGAUUGGUCAAUUUUCCUUAGAGUUAUUGCCCUUGAUUUAUUAAAAAAUCAUUGUUUGCAGCCGUUUCUCAGUAAAACCAAUGUGCUUAUCUUAUUCUUUCUGAGAUUUUUUUUAACCUUCAAGCACAAACAAGCCAUCAAGCACAAACAAGCCAUUGUUGGCGGGGGAUAUCUUUUCACUGAAAAUGCUUGUUUGAAUUGUGUUUUAUGGGAAAGAUCACAAAAGCAAAUGUUUAUAGUGGAACUUGUGUACGAUAUUUCAAUGACCUGCUUAUAAAGAUGAUCAAGAACAGACAGGAAGCCAGUCUGAUUUUAUAAAUUCAUAAUCUGUGAUAGUUAUGUGUUUUUAAUGAAGGGAUAGAAAAGCAAGUCAGGCCAUUACAAGGUAAACCGUUUUACAAGAAUCGCCUCAACUAUAUCUAAUAUAAUUUAGGCCAUUCUUGAAAAGCCUUUAUUGCAAUGUAGUACCAAAUUAAUGUUUAUAAAUAAUGAUAUCAUAAUGUUACAGCCAUAAUCACAAUCUAGUGCUUACUUUUAUGUUCUGUACAAUGCCAUGAGAUUAUUACGCCUUCUUGCAAUAGUUGGUUACCCUGGUUACACGGGGUUUCAUCAGUUCACCUGUAACCUCUUCAAAUAUUUCUCUGCAUGAAAUGCUCGAAUAUUAGUUUAUUUCCUAAGAAAACUUAAAUUUGCAUGUACAUAUUCACACAGUCAUUGUGGCAUGAUGUGAUAUAGUCAUAUUUCAUUUAGAUAUUUACUACUGUAGUCUGCAACUACAUAUUGCAGAUUAAUGUUUCAUUUUUAACACCUUCAUAUUUUUAAUGUGUAACAUUGCCAUCAAAGUAUAUAUUAAUGUAGGAAUGAGUCUGUCAAGUUUCAUAUGCUGUAUGCACUUCUUUCAAUGGCUUAAAAUCAUGAUCAUUUGAAUUAUACAUUUAUGUUUUUCAUCAUUCAUUAUUUUUGUAAAUUAUUCAUACUUUGAUCAAAGUCCUUAAAUUAUCAUUAUUUUCGUUCAUUCCAUUGAAUUUUUGGUUUUCUUUGUGUGUUUUUUCCCAGUGCACAGUUUUUUGUUAUUGUUGUUUGACAAUCUUCUCUUAAGUUUCCUAUUGUUAAUUGUUUUCUAACUGGCGUUUUGGCAUUACGAAGAAAGGCAGAACAGAUUCAAUAAUCUGUGAGUCAAUUUAUGUUUCAGUGGAACGCAUUUCCGUCAAUUGUUUCUUAUUUCUAUGCAAUGGUCACAAAGGGAUGUCUGAUUUGACCUACAAUUGUUUAACAACUUUCUUAAUCACGUUCUAUUUUUCUACUUUAUAACAACAAAGAACAUUUCUGGAGAAUAAAGGUUUACACAUAAAU